AUGGCUUCUGUGCCUACGGCCUCGGCAUUCUCCUUGCCUCUUCCAUCAUGGCAGCAACCCCCUAGUGUGCGGGUAGCUCGCUAUGAGCCCAGAAAACGCAAAAAGUAUUCUGAUGAUUGGGAUGAUGAUGAUGAUGAUGAUGAUGGGGAGCAAGAUGACGGGGAGACAACGGAUGCUGCAUCAGAGAUGGUACCUACCGCUCCAUCUUUGACGUUGUCCCCUGACGAAGCCCAUCAGUAUCGCGUCGCUGGUCUCUCUUUCGAUCGAGAACUGCCUGGAGGAUCGUUCCCUCAUGCCCCUGCUAGGACUGGGCGGGCUAAGGGGGAGACUCACGGAGACAUCUUGAAAAGUCUUUCCUCCCUGUCACCUCCCAUUUAUCCGCCACAGUCUGCUGCCCAUCAGGGAAACCUUCGACUUCAGCAUUUAGCGGCGAUCACAACAGUAUUGCACCGCUGCCUUCUUCAUGGUGAUUACAUUCGAGCCGGAAGAGCCUGGGGGUUGAUUCUUCGUGAAGAAUACGCUGGUUCACCAAUUGAUGUGCGUGUUGACGGCCGAUGGGGCGUCGGUGCUGAGAUACUGCUUCGACGGGGCCGUCAAAUUUCAGAAAGUGCAGCAACUCGCUCGGAGGAAGAAAACGAUCUGGCUCGAACUAGAUAUCUUCCCAAGCCAUGCUUCACGCGAAAGGGAUUCGAGGACGCCAAGCACUACUACGAAAGACUUGUCGUUCAGCAUCCAUAUCGCAAAUCAGCACCCGAUGCCGUCAGUGCCUUGCACUUUUAUCCGGCUAUGUUCGGUCUGUGGGUGUAUGUUGCCCAAGAAGAGAGUGUAAUUGCUCGAGAAGAGAUUCAAAGUCGUCCGGAAGAUUUACCCGGAGAAUUCUCGGAAGAUGAGGAUACAGAGCCUGGCUAUGAUGGCAAAUCCGGCUCGAAGCAGGGCAGAAUUCACCUUCUUGCAAGUGUCCGAGCAAAGGAACUUGAGGAAGCUCAACAGAUUGCAGCCAGGAUGGAUGAGAUCCUAAUGUCUCCUCCAUACUCGGAUUCUCCAGAAUUAUUGGAGCUUCGGGGCAUGGUAUCACUUUGGAUUGGAGAUCUCCUAAUAUCAUGUUUACCCUACGAAGACGAAGAAGGAUACGAUUUUGACGACCACGAUUCUGGGAAAGCGGAAGAUCUGCAUGGCUCCAUUCAGGCCAGACGCGAACGGCGACUCGCUAUGGAGAAAAGACAGGCUGAAAUUCAGAAGUCGCGAGAGUUCUUCGAAAAGGCAAGACAACGGGGCAAAGGCGUGGCUCACACCUUGGAGCAUUUUCACAUUGAUGAUAGUGUUUCAUUGGGUUCGUCUGGUAUGGGAUUCUAG